CUCUUAAACCACACGAGUUGACUAUGUCUUCAAAGAUUAGUUUCUUGAUCAGUUUGUUCUUCAUUCUUCACCUGUUGGCUGCCGAUAGUGUAACAGGGCAUAAGAUAGGAAUUUAUGAGAUAAAGAAAGGAAAUUUCUCUGUUAAGGUCACUAAUUAUGGUGCCACAAUCAUCUCCGUUCUUCUUCCUGAUAAGAACGGAAAAAUAGGUGAUGUUGUUCUUGGAUAUGAUACCAUCAAGGAAUACAAGAAUGAUACAAGUUAUUUUGGAGCCGCCCUAGGAAGGGUUGCUAACCGCAUUGGUGGUGCUCAAUUUACUUUGAAUGGAACCCAUUAUAAGCUUGUUGCCAAUGAAGGCGUAAACAUGCUACAUGGUGGUCUUAAAGGAUUUAGCAAGGUUGUCUGGAAAGUAAGCAAGUACGUGCAAGAUGGUCCCAGUCCUUACAUAACUCUAACCUACCACAGUGCUGAUGGCGAAGAAGGUUUUCCUGGUGAUGUUGUUGUCUCUGUUACCUAUGCAUUGAAAGAUCAUUACAACCUUAGCGUGGUGUUUAAGGCAAAAGCUUUGAACAAGGCUACUCCAAUUAACCUGUCUCACCACCCUUACUGGAACAUUGGUGGUCACAACAGUGGUGACGUCUUGUCCCAGGUUGUUCAAAUAUUUGCAUCACACAUCACACCGUUAGAUACACAGCAUAUUCCCACAGGCAUCAUUUCUUCUGUCAAGAACACACCCUACGACUUCCUGAAACCCCGUAAGGUGAGGAGCAGGAUUGAUAAAAUCCAAAAUGGAUAUGACAUCAACUAUGCACUUGACAGCACCAAAAAAAUGAAGCAUGUGGCAAUAGUUUAUGAUAAGAAAUCAGGACGAGUGAUGGAUAUAAAAGCGACUGCACCUGGUGUGCAAUUCUACACUGCAAACUGGGUCAUUAAUACGAAGGGCAAAGGUGGAUAUGUGUAUCAACCUCAUUCAGCCUUGUGUUUAGAGACUCAGGGGUUCCCGGAUGCUGUGAAUCACCCAAAUUUCCCAUCAACAAUUGUUACUCCUGGAAAGUCCUACGUCCACUCCGUGCUGUAUACGUUCUCCAUCAAGAAAUACUAGAAUGCUUAUAGUUAUUUCUUUG